CUCGCUCACACACUCGCUCCUCUCACACUCUCUCACGCACUCGCUCACACACUCGCUCCUCUCACUCGCUCACACACUCACUCUCACACACACUCUCACACACACACACGCUCGCACAGGCGGGCAGUCCGCUUGUCUGUCAAAAGCUCGCCGUGCCUACGGAGGUGUGGGCGGGCGGGGGGAGAGAUAAACACGAAGAAAGCAGAAGCGGCAGUGGCUUUUUUCCGUGGGAUUCGUGGUGGUAGCGAGAGUUGUACUACUGUAGAAUCACACACAGACACACACAGAAGCCAGCAACACAAGCGCCACGGGAAGACAAGCGGCAAGAAGAAUUGAAAUCGGAAUCGGUUGGGGGAGCAAGCAAGCAAGCGGCUUAAAGCCCCGGUCGCUUUAGCGGCAACCGCUUUGCGUGUUGUGGGUUUGUAGCCCCAGGCAGUAUAUACAACAACAAGAACAACAACAACAGCAAGAACAACAACCCCCUUAAACCGUGCUGCGACAACGUACAUGAUAAAUCUGCCUACGUUUAAAGAGGCACGCGGUACGACGCGGUGUGAGAGAAGACGUGCGCGUAGAGGGACUUGAAAAUCACAGCGGAGACGAAGACGAUGAUGCCGCGUGCGUCUCGUGUGAAGGCGAGGAGGGAUGGUGAACGUCGGCAUUCCGUGAUCGUUCCACUUUGCUGAGCUGUUGGCGACCUCAGGAAGAACCGAGGCAGCGUGGACAUCUACGUGGUUAGUAAAGAGCCGGCCACACCCCCUUCCACCCCACCAGCCUACUACCAAUUAAUUGGAGAAAUUGUAUCUUUUAAAGUACACGGUGCGCGCACGCACAACCCGUACCGGCCGCAAUGGGAAAAGACCAAGAGUUCAUCCAGGCAGCCAAGAGCGGAGACGUGGCCGCGGUGCAGAAGAUAAUCUACAAGUAUAAGGCCGGCAAAGCGAAGCUGCUGGGCUCCACCAAGAGGCCAAACAUCAACCACCAGGAUGAGGAUGGGUUUUCCGCCCUCCAUCAUGCAGCCCUCAAUGGGAAUACGGAGAUAAUGAACCUUCUUCUGGAGGCCCAGGCCCACGUGGACAUGAAAGAUAACAAAGGCCUCAGGCCUCUGCACUACGCGGCCUGGCAGGGAAAGGUGGAGCCUUUGCGGAUUCUUCUCAAGGCCGGCUCGUCCGUGAACCUGCAGUCUGGCGACGGGCAGAUCCCACUGCACCUCUCCGUGCAGAAUGGACACUACCAAGUGUCCGAGCUGCUGUUGCAACACCAGGCCAACCCCUGCAUCGUCAACAACAACAAUAAGACGCCCCUCGACCUGGCCUGUGAGUUCGGACGUCUGAGGGUGGUGAAGCUGCUGCUGAGCAGCAACGUGUGCCCCACGCUGCUGGAGGGGCGUCCCCACGACCCCAGCCACCCCAACAGCACCAGCGCGCUGCACCUCGCCGCCAAGAACGGCCACGUCGACAUCAUACGGAUGCUGAUCCUGGCGGGCGUGGACGUGAACCGGCAGACGCGGGUGGGCACGGCGCUUCACGAGGCCGCCCUCUACGGCAAGACCGAGGCGGUGCGCCUGCUCAUCGAGAGUGGAGUGAACGUUCACAUCCGGAACUCGUACAACCAAACAGCGCUGGACAUCGUGAACCAGUUCACGGGGUCACAGGCCUGCCUGGAGAUCAAGCAGAUGCUUCGUGAGGCGACGAGCAUGUUGCAGGUGCGCGCGCUGCGCGAUUACUGCAACGUGUACGACCCCACGAGCCUGAGCGUGAAGGCCGGCGAGGUCAUCACGGUGUUGGAGCAACAUCCAGAUGGUCGCUGGAAGGGAUACAUUCAGGACAGCCGAGGUGCGGACCGCGUUGGAUUCUUUCCGCCGUCCGUCGUGGAGCUGGUCAGCCGGAGAAAUGUGCAUGCCUGCGGCUCGCUGAGGGCGAGCUCUCAGUCCCGCCCGGCAUUUCACAGCCACUGCCUCACCAACGGCAGCAUGCUCCCUCGUCCAGUCUCCUGCCUGUCCCCUGGCCUCGGGCCUGGGCAGGCAGCAACUCCCUCCACGGCCGGCCCCCGGGCCUACUCUUACUGCACCCUGCGCGUGUCUCAGCAUGCUCGGCGACAGCAACAGCAGCAGCAAUCGCAGCCGCAGCAGCAGCAACAGCAGCCGCAACAGCAGCCGCAGCAGCAGCAGCAAGCCUCAGUGGCGGGUGCCACAGCAGCCGGCCACUCCUACUUUCUGUGCCAGCCGUUGUCCUUGCCCCUACCCCCACCUCCUCCAGCUCCGGAGACUCAGGCGCUCCAGGCUGAGCCUGCGGAGGCCGAGUCGCAAGGGGAGACGCCGGGCCAGACGGGUGGCAGCAGCUCCACGGAAGACGUGUGGGCCGCCAAGACACCCACGGGAGGAGACCGCAGCAGCAUCGGCAGCACGGGCAGCGUGGGCAGCAGCCGCAGCUCGGGCAGUGGGCAGAGCGCCGGAAGCGGCAACGGGCAGCACCACGCGAGCAACGGGGAGACGGUCAAGCCCGUCCAGGUGGUGCAGUCACUGCAGCCGGUGCCCGAGUCUGAGGUGAAACUUCCGGAGCACGCUUCGGGGUCGGGCCAUGGACAGCACACGCUCGGAGCCGAGAGGCCCGCGCAGAAGUCGAUUAAGCGUCACGAGAGAUUUGCUGAAGACAAGGAAGCGGAGGCCAUCUACCUGUGGCUGCGUGAGUUUCAGCUGGAGCAGUACGUUGACAACUUCAUCAACGCCGGCUACGACCUACCCACCAUCAGCCGCAUGACCCCAGAGGACCUGACUGCGAUUGGUGUGACCAAACCUGGACAUCGCAAGAAAAUCACGUCGGAGAUCAGCAAGCUGAACGUGCAGGACUGGCUGCCGGACUACAGGCCGGCGGGACUCGGGGAGUGGCUCGCGCUCAUCGGCCUGGCCCAGUACCACGCCACGCUGGUGGAGAACGGCUACGAGAAGCUUGAGUUUGUGUCCGAGAUCACCUGGGAGGACCUGCACGAGAUCGGCAUCACCAAGCUGGGUCACCAGAAGAAGCUGAUGCUGGCCGUGCGGCGACUGAGCGAGCUGCAGCGCUUUGAGGAGCAGCACCAAGCCCGGCUGGAGGGGGCGGCCGCUGCCAGCGGCACCCUCAAGCGCCGCCCGGGCCCGGCGUCCCCGGCAUCGACCACCACCAUGGCGAUCGUGUCGCACGGCCCGCCGGGAGACCCUGGCUCUCCUCCGCCGGCGCAGCCGCUGCUGCCCCAACCGCCGCUUCACCCGCAGCCCGGCUCCCCGGCUUCGUGCCGCUCGCCGAAACUGUCGACGUUCCAGGACAGCGAGCUGAGCCCCGAGCUGCAGGCCGCCAUGAGCGGCGUCGCGUGCCUGGCGACGCUGAGCCCCGGCGUGACGCGGGACAGCGCCGGGCUGGUGGCACGCGCCAUCCGCUACGGCGGGGACAUCUCCGCGAGCCAGGAGAGCCUCGGCGGCCGUUCGGGCGGCUCGGGGAACUCGCAGCCCACGGCCGUGGUGCUCGCGUGCUCGCGCGCCUCCAGCAGCUCGCAGGAGAGCGUGGGCGGUGGGGGCGGUGGCCUCCAGGCUCGAUCCGGCUCGGGACCGAUCCUAAACGCGGGUGGUGGAAUAAGCCCGCACCACCACCACCACCAGCAGCAGCGUCAUCAUCAUCACCAGCAGCUGCAGAAUCAGCAGCAUCAACAGCAGAUGUAUCAUCAACAUCAGCAGUGGCACUACCAGCAGCCUCUUCAGCAGCAGAUGGGCAGGGACGGCGCCGGCGUCAGCGGCGGCGGCGGCAGCGGCGGCGAGGGAAGCGGCGUCUUCCCCCCGGAGCAAAGGAGCAGCGGUGCCGCGGCCGGCCCGGCCGUGCAGCCCAAGCCCAGGCCUCCGCUCGCGCAGCAGUGGAGCUUGCCCAGCCAGCCCUCCCCGACGUUCAGCACCUUCACGCCGCCGCACACACCGACCAAGGCCCCGCUCGCGUCCCCGCAGAGCCUCACCCCCCCCCACACGCCGGGCUCGCGCAAGGCCUCCGCGACAUCCCCGCCCCCCCCGCCGUGCUCCCCGCAGGCGUUCGUCUUCCCCUGCCCGGGUGGCGGCAAAGCCGGCAAGCCGCCCGGCGCGGCGGGCCACAGCCCAGCCCGGCCUUGCGACGUCGUGCGGACGCCUCCGUAUGCGCAGCGGCAGCAGCGGCAGCAGCGGCAGCUACAGGACUCCCCGCGCUCCCCCAUGGCGUUCCCAUUCCCGCCGCCGCCCGCGACUAAGGGCCCAGCCCAUGCCCAGACUCGCUCCGAGCCUCCCGCUGGACCCGGCGCCACGCGGCUCGCCGGUGCCAUGCCCGUGCUUCCGCUGGAGGCCGGGGUGGCGGUGAGGCCGGCCAAGAAGCGCUCGCAGAGCCUGAGCCGGUACGGGGGCGGCGCCGGCGCCGCGUCGGAUGGGGAGCACGAGGCGGCGUCGGCAGCGGACGACGAGCCACGGCCGUUCUCGUCCGACGCUCUCUUCACGGUGGCGCCGGCCGGAGGGGCGUACGGGCCGGGCUCCUACGCCACGCUGGGCCGGCGCGUGGGCCGCAGCCACUCGGUGCGGGGCCGCGGCUUCCCGCUGCCGCCACCGCCGGACGCCGGGGACGGCGCCGUCAACCGAAGCCACUCGUUCGCCGUGCGGCAGCGUAAGCGGGGGCCUCCGCCGCCGCCUCCCAAGCGCUCGAGCUCCACCAUCGCCUCGGGAUCCACGCUCGCCGACACCCAGGACCCGGAGGCCGGAGGCGAGGAGUGGCGGCUGCAGCGGCGGCGGCGGUGGGAGGAGGACGUCGUCCCCCCCGCGUCGGUUCGCCGGGACACGCUGGAGAAGAGCACGGACUGGAACGGCAACACGCUGUCAGAGGCGGGCGGCGGGCCGCCGAGCGUGCGCAGCAUCGCCGCCAUGCUGGAGAAGUCGGCGCUCGGAGGCCUCGUCCCGGCGUGCUCGCUCGAGAGCCCUUCCCCCGGCGAGACGUGCAAGCCCAGGGCCGCGUUGCCGCAAGCCGACGCCGACAGCGACCGUGCCGCGCACGGAGACACGCCGACGCCCGGGGUCGACGAGGCCCUCUCGGCCCACAUCGUCGGCAAGGACGCGACGGAUAAGAGGUCGCGCUCGCGGUGCCAGCUCGAGGACCGUUUCGGCACCGGACACGGUAAACCGGACGGCGCGCCCGCCGUGCGGCGCGUGAGCAGCGCGAAGAAGGCGGAGGUGGCCAACGUGCCCCGGGACGUGGCCGUCCCUGCCGCCGUGCCCUGCAAGAACCGGUACAGCGCGGCCGCGAGCGUCGACGCAGCUUCGUCGGAGCUCAAAACGGGCGCUCGCAAACGGACGACGAGCGAGCCGCCGUGCGCCUCGCCACGCUUGGAGGUCGGAGUUCAGAAGGCCGCCCCCGAAGGCGGCCUGCCUCCGGCAAAGCAGCUGGGAAUGGAAAGCAGCCCCUGUUCUUCUCAAGGAAGCUCGGCGGAAUCCAUCCCAUUCGCCGAGGAGGGAAACCAGACCAUCAAGCAGCGGCCCAAAAACGGCUGGUCUCCGACGAGGGGCGAGGCCCUGGACUACGAGGGCAACGUCGUCGAGCGCGAGGCCCUGGGCCCCACCCACGGCGACGGCUCGAGGAACGUGGACAACGCGGCCUUCCUCGCGCCCGUCGAGGACCCGUCCGCUUUCGAGCAGGGGCUGGGCGCCCCGGAGAUCAACCUCACAGAGACGGACACGGUCAAGCGAAGGCCCAAGGCGAAGGAGAGGAGCCCUCAGAAGGGCGGCGAGGCCGCCGUGGCCAGGGUGCAGCCGAGGGCGGCCGCGCAGCCCCCGCCCCCGCCGCCGCCUCCGCCACCGCCGUACCGCGGUGCCGAGGCUGCCCGGCUGCCCGCGGGGACGGGAGACCGGGCCAAGCCCACCGUCUCCCCCAAGCCGUCUGCCACGUCCUUCGGCCAGGCCAGACCGCCCGGACCGCCGCCUCCACUCAUGAAGAAGCCCUCCAUGCACUCGUCCACCGGCAAAGACGGCAGCAGGGACUAUCCACCGGGAAGUCUGCCCCCUCCGCCGCCUCCACCUCCCAUGUCGGUCAAGACGGGCGCCGUUGCGUCCCCCUCCGAACAGGACGUCGUCUUCAAGCGCAAUGCCGGCCGACCUCACAAGAAGCCACCCCUGCCCGCUCACCUCUUCUCCUCCGAGCCCUCCAACGACAGCAGCAGCAGCAGCAGCAGCAACCGGAGGUCGGUCCCUCACUCGCCAGGGAGAAUGGAAGAACCUGCGGCCACACCGGUAGAGAAUAACCGCGCCACAGCGCCGGUUAGGGACGAUCGUGAGCGUCCGCCGGAGUCGCCCGGGGGCGGCGGGGAAGCCGCGACGGCGGCGGCCGGCGACGGCGGGAGGCCCGAGUCGCGGUCGGGCCUGGCCGAGGUGGCGCAGCACCGGCUGGAGGAGACGAGCGCGUCGCUGGCCGCCGCGCUGCAGGCCGUGGAGGACACGCUGCGCCACGACGGCCGUGACGACGGCAAGCCUCGGCCCACGGGGAAUCUCCUGGACGACAUCGGCAGCAUGUUCGACGACCUCGCCGACCAACUGGACGCCAUGCUGGACUGAGGGGCGUCGCACCACGGCUCACUCGGCGUGGCCGCGAGAAUGUCCUCGCUCAGCAGGGCGGGCGCCGUGGCACGGCCACGGCCGUAGCGUCGGAGAUUUAAGCUCAUCGAUGGCGAUCUGUGGCCAGGUCGCUUCUGAUUAGAGCGCGAAAUGGCUCAGUGCGCCUUGCCUGGAAAAAAUUCAUAAUACAUAAGUUUAGUUGAGAUCAGCGACGAUAAUGUUGAAUAAUGUGCGUUUAGAGGGACCCCACGCUAGAGCUCCCUCUCGUGGAGAGGCCUUUCGGCCAGCGGUGGCGUGAGGGAGCCAUUACAGGUCUGCAACUUUGCCUUUUCGUGUAGUGCAUUGGUUUGUUUUUUAAAUAGCGCAAAGUCAAGCCGUGACGGAAAUAACUACAGGUCGGUAUUCAAAUCCACAUCACUCCAAACAUUUUUGUAAAUGGUCUAUCGUGUCAGAUUGACAGAAGUUAAGAAACAAACAAAAAAUAUGUCGAUGGAAUAGGUUUUAUUUGGUAUUGGUGCAGUAGUUAGAUGUGACUCUUAUGUGAUGCGAACAGUUAAUGAGCCUAGAAAAGAACAUUUUGUACCCUGUAUAUAGUGCUUAUUGGUUAUUCUUGAACGUAAUGUCGUCUGAGAUUGGCUUUUGCUCAACAAAUCUAGGAUCACGUACGUAUGCCUGAACACUGUUCAUCUGAGCAAGUGCCAAUUUACCCACGAAUACCGAGUGGUUUUACCAGUCAGUCGUGCAGCAACACCCGACAGCUGACAUACUUCCCAUGAGGACAGCUCACGUCAAAAACAUGAACGACGUGCCCUCCUCUAGGAUGGGCAAGUAAAUCACUCAUCGGAGAUAUGAGAAAGCUAUUUUUUUUUGUAAAAUCGCAGAAAUUGUAUAUGCAUAUACAUCACAUUGUCAGUUUAAAAUUGCCUUUAUGAUAAAAUCAUAGGGUUUUUUUUACAGAAUAACCGACUUAGAUGAUGUACUACUUUGAGUGCAAUUGCAAAUAAGAGUAUCAUGACAACUAACAGUGUUUAUUAUAUACUGUACCAUAUAUAUAAUACCACCACCAUCCCGAUCACCACCAUCAUCGUAAGCCAUUGCAAAUUGGUUCUUGCAACUUUGCAUUGGUGUUAGCCAAAGUAAGAGCUCCCUGACAGUUCAACAAUUGUGGUCAUUACCAGCAAAUCCACCAAGUUAAUAAUUUCAGGAAAAUUUAAUAAAUAUUUGCUCCCCCUUAUUGCCUUCACGGAAUCUUACAGUUUCCAAACGAUCAUCUGCACACUUAUUUUUAUAAUGACGUCUCCACUGCGCAGUAUAAUGAGGGGGGGGGGGGGGGGGGUAAAGAUGAAUCAGAAUUUGCAAUUAUAUAUCUCUGCUCCAGAAACAAGCAAUAUCUCUUUGGGCCACACAAAGAAGUGUUUAAUUGAAUUCAACGCAAGAUUCCUCUUGCUGGUGGAACAGUAUAACAUACGUCUGUUUUUUUUUUUAUGCAAGAUGCCCAAGGUUUGAAAACCGUAGGUUCUUAGCUUCUUUGAAAAUCAGCUGAUGUGCAGGCCAGAAGUUUUAAGGUCAAAGUGAUUUCCUGCUCAAAUGAGCAUUCAUGUGCUAAUCAUUUCAUAUUCUUGGUUCUUUCGGUAAAGUCACGUAGAAGGGAAACAAAUAAAAUAAUAAAAAUAUAAAACAAUAAAAUUCUCACGACGUUUCGACUGCAACACAAGCAAUCAUCAUCUACGUGACUUUACCGAAAGAACCAAGAAUAUGAAUCCCUGCAGUCACGAAAGCUUUAAAUCAAAAUUUAAUCAUCUCAUGUUUACAGCCUUAGCCAGUUGUGAAAAAUCCAUAUUCCGACGGUGGGGACAAAUAUAUCCGUAGGACAACCUCUGUUAACUUUCGCACAAAGCAGUAACUCGUUUACAUACCCCAGAGGGACGAUAGGCCGAGUCAAACCCCCAACCAGGAUUUUAACUCGCAAAAUUCCAACUGCAAGCCGCUCGCUCUACCACCACCACCACCACCACGUGCACCAUGUGCACAUGGUGCACAGGAUCACGAGCGUUGCCGAUGGUUUGGGGAGGCUUUCAUCAAGCGGUGGCUUGACCAUGACUGACUGACGACGAUGAUCAUCGUGAUUUGGCUUUGUUCCUUACCAGAAAUGGCGCAGGGCAAAAUCCCGUGUGAAGUGUUCAUUGUAUUGCACGAUCACUUGGCCAAAAUAUGAUAUUGCUUUUAGGGCCUUGGGUUCAGGAAAUGAAAAGAGGUUUGAAUUUUUGUUGCUUUUUUGAGUGUGACGACGUUGGCUUUUACUUUGCAUUCCAACGGAAUUCCAAUUGGCGGAGCAUUUUAAGACAAAGAGUUAUAAUGUAGAAGUGUGUUUAGAUAAAACGUUGCCUACUCAAUUCCGAUGGAUGGCAAUGGGGAAUUUGAUGUCGAACUCCAUUGUGAAAUUUUAAAUGUAUCAAUAAUGUACAUUAACCUUCAUAUUUAUAAUGACAACAAUAUACUGUAUAAGUGGUGAUCAUUUUCGUGCAAAAGUGUAAUAAUAACAUACACCACAAGUCACUGUUGUAUCUACAUAAAUACCAAUAAGGUUACAUUGUAUAAUGAUCGCAUUGUAUCUGGAAUGAUAUAGAUUGUGAAUCUAAAACGUCAAAGAAAACCACUUUUUUUUAAUACGCCUUUAUAUUUUCCCAGAGAGCCAUAUUGCCAAGACUGUGGUCCACUCAACGUCGGGAAGCUAAAAAUCUGGUUAUCUUGUAUUUGUUAAGUGCCAUAUUUGUAUAUAACGGCAACGAUAAUUACACGAUUGCAUAGGUAUUGCGACCAUAAAUUACUUGAACGUGGUCGAGAAUUGAAGUAUUUUUUUCUUGCCUAUAAGUACUGCUUCGAUCUCUGCCUGUCACAUGGUGUAAUGCAGUGUUUAUUCCCUGUAUAUACACACACACAAUAUAUAUUUACACACUGCGGUGUAUACGUAAAAAAAGCCACAGGUUUCAUACUGUAGUUAUUACUCGUAACAACUUUGUAGCAUUCACAGUUUUUAAGAAAAAAUAAACCACAACAAGACUGUAAUUCGGCACGCGCUGCAGCGCACACACACACACACAGCUGCAUCGGUGCAUGCUGUCACUAAAUGGGGAGACCCAGCUUCUAACCGAGACGCAAACCUCGCCUGCGCACUUUGCGCGCACUUCACGCGCAAGCUCUCGGGCAACCGCGCGCUGCGAAUUUUCCGUCGGCAACGAAUGAGGAGAGACAUUGCGCCGACGGAGUUUCAACACCCGCGCGCAUAGACGCGCACACAACCCUUCACAUCCUUCAGCAGGAAUACAUCGCAGGCAGGGAUGUCAAAAGGCACGUGGACCGUUGGCCACGGACGCCAAUAUUCAUCAGUUUUUACUUACAAGUAUUCAAAGUCGAACAGACGCAUACCUUCAGAUGGUGAUUUUUUUUUAAGAUUUCUGUUUUGGGAAAACAAAGAUUCGAUUUUAAAUGCCACAAGUUAGUUCAUAACUCGAACAUUGUUGCUACGAAGAUUCGUGGAACACGUUAACGGGGACGCCGGUUUAGAAUCGAGCAAAGAACGGGCCGAUCCCUUGAAUGCGUCUGUGAAGAAGCGUGGUGGUUGCCGUUGCUUGCAGGCUACCCCAACCAAGGGCAGUGGCUUUAUUACCAGGGAGAGCGACUGGGUUCACAAUUUGUGUCGGACAUCGGGAAGCGAUGCUUUGUGUAAACGUGUUUUAAGUUCCGUGAGCUGAUUUAAAAUGUAAAAAAAAAACCAGGCAUAUUAAUGGUUUCUGUAGCCAAAACUUGCCAAAGUUGAAAAAAAAUACAUGAAAAAGUCUUACUUGUUUACCAUUUGAAGUAUUUUAAACAUUUUAUUGUUUUUUUUUUAUUAACGUGUUUCUUAACGUAAUUGGAGAUAUUCCUAUUAGUAUUUUAUUGAAAGCGUAAAAAUGACAAGUACAGUAUGCUUUUCAAUUUCAAUGUUGAAAUGUUUUGUACAAAUGUAUAUUCGAAUAAUCCUGGUUUAUACUUUAUAGCUUUCAAUUUGUAUUACCCAGUCAAGCAUUUGUUCAUCGUUUAGCUUUACCACAAGGGUGACAUUAACGCUCGCUUUUCAGCUGAGAAGCUACCGCCACUGGUAAUCGCCAGUGUAAAAUUAUAUUCCACGUUGGAAAUGAAAUUCCACGUUUUAACACAUUGAGUGAGGUACCGAUUAAAAAUAUAUAUAUAGUAUUAUUAAAUCCACAAGAGCUUGUCAUUUCAUAAAAUAGUCAUACUUCAGGACCCGGAUCAAGAAGCUCUGUAACGCGAGAGCUCAGGUCUUGUUCACGCCUGAUGAUGCUGGAUGUAAUUUCCAAUGAAACGUAACAAAAUAAAAAUUGUCAACAUUUUGCUAAACUUUUAAACAUUCCUCCAGUCCUCCUGAAGAAGAAGAAGCAAAUCAGUUGGCACGUAUUCCCACGUGCAAAAUUUUUAUUUGAUUGGCUGUGGUCGGGUGGUGGAGGGCUCUAGUUACAAAUGAGCAUAAUACCUACUCAAUUAUAUAACACGAAAUAAACUAAAUUAUGACUAUAUAUUCUUAGCUCUUUCGGUAAAGUCACUUUGAAGGGAAACAAUAAAAUAUAUAUAAAA